AUGUUGGGAGGAGACAGAAAAAAACCCAGAAAUGAAGAUCAAAGGAAAGGUAUUGAUGAUUCCCUUAAAGAUGAACUAUUAUCCAUGCUCACCAAUUGGAAGAAGGAUCAAGAUCUUAUUUUAAGUAAAUUGUGUUCAGAUAUUGCCGAACUUAAGCAACAAAACGCCAACAUUCAAUCAACUAAUAUUGAAAUGGAAAAGGCGUUAACGUUCAUAUCCACACAGUAUGAAGAUAUGAACACUAAAAUUAUCAAUUUAGAACGUGAACGAAAGGAAAAUUAUAACGUAUAUAUUGAGUCUGGAAAAUAG